UGCCAUGUUGCAAGAUGCUUCUGAAACUCUCUUGAUUGAAAUCAAUUUCCUCUGCAGCAUGAAGGGCUACUGUUUGAGAAAUCCAAGCCCAGAGCCCCCUUGGGGAAUACAGAGUGUGUGGAGCACUUACUCCAAACUCCUUUCUGUCAGAAAAAUGCAGCCCUCAAAGAAGAAAAAUGUAGAAUAUUCAGAAGCUUUCUGUAGGCCCUCAGCUGUCCAGAAGACCAGCGCUGAGAUCAUAAAUGAAGCACGAACAGCACUAAGAACUUUAAGAACUCAAAGGCCAUUUACACCAAGAGAAGAACAAAGGAAGCUUUUUGGAUCUGCCUCUUCAAGAACCCCUGAAAAUAGGCCACCUUCUGCUUUUAGUCUCCAUGCUUCCAGCUUUGAAUCGGUUGAAGCAAGGCCUGUCUCUUGUGCGCGUCUCAGCCCACUGGAACAUAAGCCAAAGCUGCGAUCAUCACCCAGGAAUAAUGAAGAGCAUCACAUUUCCCCUCCUAAACCACCAGUGGAUUCAGAGGAAGUUAGGAAAAUCAGCAAUGCUCGUGCACAUUUGUUUAGAGCAGCAUCAUAUGGAAAUCUUCUCCCAGAUAAAAUGCUUCUUCCCAAUGAGAGUAAGAUGCUGAAUUUUGAAGACCAUGCUACUAUGUAUGAUGUUUCAGGAAGUAGUGAUGAAAGUUGUUCACAAAACCUGAAUGUCCAGAUGACCAUUAAGGAUGAGUGUCUUCCACUAACAUAUAAAGAGCAUCAAAAUAAGAUAGUAGGGGAAGAAGUAUGUUCACAAAUGAUAGAUGUGUCAUCUCCAUCUCAAUGCAACAGUGAAAGUGACAAGGUUAAUGGGCAGAAAAGUCCUUUACCAUGUGUAGACAACAUUGAAUGGACUAAGUCUGCAGCUAAGUCAGAAAAUAACUUUGAAGCAAAUGAGACAGAAGAGGAAGAAAACUACUGGAAUACGAAAAUUUUACCAAUUCUACAUGAGUUAGAGACUGAUGACAAUGUCGAAAGCCUUUGCCAUGCCUGUACUGUUCUCUAUCGGACCUUGGAGGAAGGAAAUAUGCUUGACAAGCGAUUUAAAAGGCGAUCUUUGUUUUUGAAGACUUUAUACAAAUUAGUUGACAUUGCUUCAGAUCCACUUGGCCUGAAACUAGCAAAGAUUAUUCUGGGUCUGAAAGUAAGUGGAAAGAAUCUGCUUAAUGUCUGCAAACUAGUAUUUAAAAUAAGCAGAAAUGAAAAGAAUGAUUCUAUCAUUCAAAAUGACCAAAUAUUGGAUUCUCUGCUAGAAAUUCUGAGAGUUGAAGACUUGCAAGCAAACACUGAGGCCUUUCUCUAUUGCAUGGGUGCUAUGAAAUUCAUUUCUGGAAAUGCAAGGCUCAUUAAUGAGAUGGUCAACAAGGGAACUGUUGAAAUACUGCUGCAAUUAAUGAAGGAGAUCAAUGAAAUUAAUGACAAUGAUGCUCGAUUUUCCAGUUCAGGACACCUCUUGGUUCCGCUCACUGCCACUUUACGAAAUUUGGUUGACUUGCCACAGUCGAGGUGCAAACUCAUGGACUCUGAAGCAAUUCCAGAUCUUUGUCUAAUGUUGGAGAAACGUAUGAAUGACAAGGAUAUAUGUACCAAUGUGGCCAGAAUAUUCAGCAAACUUUCUUCCUUCAAUGACUGCUGUACAGCUUUGGCAGGUUGCUCCAGAUGUUAUGUCUUAUUUUUAGCCCUGCUAAACAAACACCCAAAGAAGCAGGAUUUAGUCAUCCGUAUCAUUUUCAUUCUUGGCAAUUUAACAGCAAAGAACAAUCAGGCCCGGGAACAGUUUUUUGAGAUGCAAGGAAGCAUUAAUACCCUGAUAGCAUUAUUCCAGACUAAUUGUGAAGCUGACUCAAAUAGUAAACUGUGGAAAGGUGAUGGCAAAUUAAAAAAUCUCAAGCAUCCGUCUGAAGCAGAAGAUGUCCUCAUCAAACUUAUAAGAGUGAUUGCCAAUUUGUCCAUCCAUCCUAGUGUCGGUGCAAGUCUAGCAACUAACCAUCAUAUUGUGACGUUCCUUAUUACAGUUCUAGAAUACAAAUCAGUUGAUGAAUGUGAAGAGCUGGUUAUUAAUGCCACAGCAACAAUCAGCAAUUUAUCCUUCUACAAAGUGAAGAAUUCUGUAAUCGAGGAGAAGAAAUUAUAUAUUGCAGAAUUGCUUUUAAAGCUGUUAAUGAGCAGUAAUAUGGAUGGAAUCCUGGAAGCUAUUCGAGUCUUUGGUAAUCUUUCCAAGUACCAUGAAAUCUGUGACUUCAUUAUGCAGGGAAAGGUGUACAAGUUCAUCAUUGCUUUGCUUGAUGCCAGACACCAGGAUGUCUGCUUUUCAGCCUGUGGUGUUCUCCUCAACCUUACUGUGGAUAAAAGCAGAUGCAGUAUACUGAAUGAAGAAGGAGGAAUUAAAAAGUUGAUUGAUUGUUUGAGAGACUUUGGGCCUACAGACUGGCAGCUUGCUUGUUUGAUAUGUAAAACGUUGUGGAACUAUAGUGAGAAUGUUACAAGGUCUAAGCCCUGUUUUGAAGAUGAUGAAUCAAACACCUUGUUAGUUCUCCUUGCAUCAUACUUAGAUGAAGAAUUGGCACUGGAUUACAAUUUUGACAACGAUUUAAGAGAUUAUCACAAACUUUAUUGGGAAACAGAGUUCAAACCUGUGGCAGAGAAGCUUCUCCAGAGAAUUCAAAACUGAAACUUCAUUUCAAGGUUGAAAAAACAAGCUCUAAAAGAUAUCAUGAAGAGCAAUGAAGUCUGUGGCCAGCAUCAGAUAUGCAACAUUUUGUUAAGCCCUGUUCUGACCAAAGUUCCUAAUCUUUUCUGUCUCAUCUCCCCCACCACCCUGUUACACAGAGAAACAGAGAGCUAACCACUGUAGAGGCAAGGCCACAAAGAAAACAGCUGAAAUGUGCAUGUCUUGCUCUGUGCCUCAUCUUCCCUACCAUUUCUUUUUUUAAAAAACCUGUCGUUCAGAUAUAUUUUUUUCAAGUGUCCUCUUCAAGCUUUCCGUAUCAUCUUUAAACUGAUGACAACUAACUAUACUCCUCUACCCAGGAACUCUUUCUCUUUACCCAAGUCCACUUCUCCAAUUCCCUGUCUGAUAUUUCUGCUAGGAUGUUCCAUCAUCAUUUCAGACUCAAUAAAGACCCAAACCAAACUUCUCAUCUUUCAUCCCUCUCCUCCCUAGCCCUUCUCUCCUCACUUGUUCUCUAUUUCCAUUGGCAGUGUCACCAUCCAUCCUAUGUAGCAAGCAUUCAAACUUGACUAAAUUGGGACUCCUCUCUCACCCUAUGUUCAUUCACUUCACCAAGUCUCUCAAUUUACAAUAUUGCAAAAAUACUAAGCCCUCUUUUCUGCCCCUUUGGAGAAAACUAGUUCAUGCCCUGAUUAUCUCCCACUCAUGACUACUAUAGCCUUCUGUCCGAUAUUCCAUUGUCUCUCCUCUAAAUCAUUCAUCUAUCUUGUCAGACUGACCGCAUGAUAGCACUCUUUAAAUCCCUACACUGGUUUUCUGCCCAUUCCUGGAUCCAGCACACACAUCUCACCCCUAGCUAUAAUGACCUCCAUAGCCUUGUCCUCUCAUCUCUCUACCUCAUCAUCUUCAACUGCUUCCUCAAAUUUCUUGCCCUUUCUUUCUUGCUGUCCCUUAUGCCUGGGAAAUGCCAUCUUUAUUUCCUAUAAAUCCCUCCUCAAAAACCAACUUUCCCAUGAAGCCUUUGGCAUAGUUGCCCACACCCCACUGUAAUUAUAUCCAAACAUGUAAUGGAAAUAGAUGUAUAUUCUUCCUCUGUGUAUCCCUUUCUCCCUUAUCUCAUCAAGUCAAAUUUUAGAUUGUGGGUUCCUUGGGGCAAGGAACCUCUCCUUGUAUAUUGCAGUUUCAAUAAUACUAAUGUUGCCAGGUAGCUAACCUUUCCUGAUUCAGGUAGAUACAGAGAACGCCAGAUGGCAGAAGAUUUAAAAUAGUCAGUUAUUUUUAGUGUCUAAAGAAGCAUUUCAUAUUAUGCUUCCACAUUAUAAAAUAUCCUUGCUAAUGUGUUCACAUUAUAAAAGGUGACAUAUAUAUUUGGAGGAGUCAUCCCCUUUUUUUGUGUCUGGACUGCAGUGUUUAGGAGUGUGGACUGUGCUAAGGUUUAGUUUGUGUGUGUGAAGUCCCCACUCAUCUCAGUAAGUACCAUGCCACACUGAUGAGUUAUAUGGCUAAAAGGGAGAUUAUUCCACUACCCCCCCCCGAAGCUUACUUAAACCUAAUAAAUGCUGAUGCCGCCAUCACUCAAGAAAUGAGCUUGGAUAGACAGGCUGGGUGGGUCAGGUGAGUGGAAGUCAGAAUGGGACUUUUAACAGCCCUGCUUUUUUGCGGGGGGGGGAUGGGACACAAAGGCCUCACUGAAUAAAAAGGCAAAGCAAUGGAUUUCCACCAAGUUCUCUCCUCUUAGCACCAGAAUCAGGACAAAGGUUUUCUAAAAAUUUAUUAAAUGUAUGUUCUGCACUUCCUCCCAAAAGGAGCCCACACUAUAUAUGUUAAUUGGCUUACCAAUCCUAGGAUGUCUAUGUUAUCACAAUUGUUAUGUAAUUAACAGUGGCAGUUCACAAAACUAUUAUCUGUAUUUUGUGCAUUUCAUUUCCCUCUGACCUUUCUGUUUACAAUCCCUUCUCCAACCACAUGUGUAACUCAGGAUAAUACUUAAAGCAUAUG